AUGGUGAAUUCCUCGCCCGAGUUUUCAAUAACCAAGCCAGGACUACAUCACCUCCGCAAAAGAGACAAGCCACUCCGUACAUACGGCAGACAAACAUCAACGCCAGAGGCGCAAAGUGAGCCACUGUCUAAAAAAGCACGGUUAUCAGCACCACGAGAGGAGCAACAGCAGCGACGGGACAAGUCUACGCCACCUGAUGGCGUCACAAAGUCCAACGAUAAUACGACGGCAGCAGGCGCAUCAGAGGCAGCUCAUGAGCAAGAUACCUCAGCUCAGAACAACAAGACCGAUAAAACUGGCGAGUCUCUUAAAAGGGGAUCCAUCCUGAGCUACUUCAAGCCAGCUUUACAAAUCCCCAAGGCCGCAGCGCCAUCGCAACAGCCGCAAGAUUCACCCCCCGAGGAAGAACCCGCUCCUUCUCCGCAGUCAUCUCUGAAACCAAAACAGCCCGCAAAACGAAAACCUCGACUCCUCAAAAUUAAAGCCACCACCAUACACGAACCAUCCGAUCAAUCAUCAUCAUCAUCUUCAUCACAAGAGACAGACAAUCACGCCCCUCCCAAACGCCGCGGCCGCCCUCCUCUCAAAAGCACAAUCUCCAAUGCCCCCGCCGUCACACCGGAAGCGACAUCAUCAAACAAAGAUACCAUCAGCUCAUCCUCCUCCUCAUCGCCAUCACCAACAGAGAAACCCACCACCAAGCCGAAAAAGAAACCGUCCCCGCCCUCUAUUCAGACCACGCUCAACAUCUCCGCCCAGGCCGCCUUCUCGGAAUGCAAAAUCUGCAAUACCGUCUGGAAUCCUCUCUAUCCGGAUGAUGUGAAAUAUCAUACUAAGACGCACAAGGCCGUUUUGAGGGCGGAGAAGAAGCGGAAAAUGGACGAGUUAUGA